AUGUGGAGCCCACAAAAAGGCCCUACACGACUGUGGGACCUUAAGUUUAGUAGCUGUAUAUUUAUCUUACACCUUAUGUUUAGUUUAGUCAUAGCUGGUAAUGAACUGUGGCCCAUGGAGCGGCCAGACGGUAUGCCCAAUAUUGUUUCGCUGGAGGUGAUGUGCGGCAAGGAUCAUAUGGAUGUUCACCUCACCUUUUCGCACCCAUUCGAGGGCAUUGUCAGCUCCAAAGGACAACACAGCGAUCCGCGCUGCGUUUACGUACCGCCCUCCACGGGCAAAACGUUCUUCUCCUUCCGCAUCUCGUACUCCCGCUGCGGCACCAAGCCGGAUCUCAACGGACAGUUCUACGAGAAUACGGUGGUGGUCCAAUACGACAAGGAUCUGCUGGAGGUUUGGGAUGAGGCCAAGCGAUUGCGCUGCGAGUGGUUCAAUGACUACGAGAAGACGGCCUCCAAGCCACCAAUGGUCAUAGCCGACCUCGAUGUCAUCCAGCUUGAUUUCCGGGGUGACAAUGUCGACUGUUGGAUGGAGAUUCAGCAUGGCAAGGGGCCUUGGGCGCCUCCAGUGAGUGGUAUCGUACCACUUGGCUCUACGUUGACCCUGGUGGUGGCCAUCAAUGACUAUCGAGGCGAGUUCGACAUGCGCGUUAAGUCCUGCGUGGCCUCCGAUGGAUCGGGCCAUGUGAUCAACCUGUCGGACGAGUUCGGUUGCGUGCUGCGACCCAAGAUGAUCUCCCGCUUCCUGAAGGCCCGUGCGCCCGACGAGAGGGCCACCGUGAUCACCUACGCCUUCUUCCAUGCCUUCAAGUUCCCGGACGCCCUGAGUGUGCACAUCAAAUGCAAGGUGGAGAUCUGUCGCCACGGCUGCCUCGAUCAUUGCCAGAACACGGGCGGCGCAGGUGGAGGUGGAUCCGGCGAGUCCCUGGGCCUGGGCCUGGGACUGACCAAUGCCAAUGAGCGCAAGGAUGUCCACAUGUCCGAUGCGAUGGGCAGCAGCAGCAACGAUCUGCUCAGAGAUCUGGCCCUGCCGCCUGGUGGUCAACAUGGCAUGGGCAUGGGCAUGGGAAUGGGCAUGGGCAUGGGUCCAGAUCACGAUAUCUUCUACGAGGACAUCAUUCACGAUCACAAACAGACGCUGGGCGGCGGCGGCGGCGGCGGCGGUGGUGGUGGUGGUCUGCCAGCUGGCGGGGAUUAUGGGCAUGAGAAGAGCGUUCAUCUGCAGCCGCGACCGGUGCACGAGGAUCAGGAGGAGGCCGAUCUGUCGGAUCUGUUUGGUGACGAGGAUCUCGCCGACUUGGACAUGGAGGGCAUCGAGGGCGAGCGCUAUUUGGGCCUAAAGAAGAGUGGCAAGUUCCCCCACGGUCCCAGGCAGUUGGAGGCCCAGAAACGCAUGGGUGUUCCGAUGGCGGGACCCCGUUCGCUGGAGCCCCAUGGCCAAAAUGAUGAGGAUGUGCCCAGACCGGUGUACAGGCCACAGGCGGAGGCGUUGAAGAAGCCACGCGAGGAUCACAUCGAUUUGGACAAGGAAGAGGAGCCGGAGAAGGGGAAGGAGGAGGCGGUGGCGAAGGAGGGGCAGGAUAAGGUUGGAGAUAAGCUGGCUGGCGAAGGAGGAGGAGCUGCCUCCAAGAGCCGUCGCCGCCGAUCCCUGGUCAUUUCCGAUCGCAAGGUGCGCAGCGCCGACGUGGGCGUCAGUGGGCUGUACGAUGUCAUAUCCGAGGCGGACCUGGCCUUCUCGCCGGACUCCAAACAGGAGGCGGUCACCGUGUUCCAGGGCAAGAUCAGCGAGGAGGUGGUCUACGGCAUUUGCAUGCCGGUGCCGGGCUUCAGUAUCCUCUUCAUCGUGGUCAUUUCGGCGACGAUUGUUUCCGCUCUGGUGGCCGGAUCCCUGCUAUAUCGCUAUCAGCUGCAGAAGGAGGCGCUGGACAAGCAGACGCCCAUGCCGCCGGUCACCGGAACCCUGGCCUCCUGGAUGACCCUGCGGCUCUUCCGCCUCCGACACCUGCAGCAGCAGCAGCAACAACAGCAGCAGCAACAAGUGAGGCAGCCGAGCUCAGGACACGAAACAGUCCAGUGAUCAGCAGCCAGGAUCAAGCUCGAGAUAGGAAUCGGAAUAGGAAUCGAAAUAGCUAUCGAAAUCGUAAUCGUAAUCGCAAACGCAAUCGCUAACAAAAUCGAAAUGGAAAUGGAAACAGAAACGGAAACGGAAAUCAAAAGCAAAAUCAAAUCAUGUUGCCCACACGUCAAUGCCUUCCAUUAUUAUUAUUAUUUAUUAUGAUUAUUGUUUUUUUUUUUUGUAUUAUUGGGUUGUUUGUUCGGGAUCCUGAUCCAGACAAAAAGAUAUAUGGUGCAGAUAUCAGAGAUCGGGCAACAAUGCAAUACUCGAACUGCUCGUUUCGGUGCUGAAUGUUUUACAAAUUUUUUUUUGUAUUUUGUUUUUUCGGGUGCAUUUAGUCGUAAAAUUGCAUAGUAAAAUGAAAACAAUAGAGAAAUGGAAAGUACACAAAGAGAGAGACACACAAAUACAAUGAAGACUCCGGACAGGUGUUCCGGGUUUAAGGAGUCGGGUGGCAUCGCACAUCCGCUAGGCGUAAGGGAACUUAUUUAUUUAUACAUAUAUCUAUAACUUAUACAUAAAGAGAUUUAGCUGUAAGCCGAGCGGUAUGGAAAAAUUUAAAUUUAAUGUUUAUUCGGACACUUGUUUUGUUUUUUUUUUGGUUGUGUGCUCUUUUCGGCAUCCAAAACAUGUUAGGGGGAAAUUUAGUUAAAUUAUUCUAUAGCCAACUCGAUCGUUUAGAAAAUUCUCAUACUCAAACACCUGCAAACACAAACUCACUCACGCACACAUACAAACCGACUACCAUUUUUCAUAAAAAAAAAAACCAACAAAAAAGAAAUGCAAUUUCUUGCAUGCAUAUUAAGAGCAAAUUUUGUAACUCUAAAAUUUACAAUUGAAUAAAGCCUAGUUAAGUUGAAAAUAA